AUGAGUGUUUUUUCAUUAUUAGGCAAAGGAUUGCGGCUAGAAAGUCGUGAAGAAACAUUAAAAGCGCUUGAAGAUCUACGUAUAGCAUCAUCUGUUCGUGAAAUUCGUCUUUGUGGCAAUACUUUUAGCAUUGCAGCUUGUCAAGUUGUUUCAGAGCUUCUUUCUCUUCAUGCUAGAACACUUCAGAUUGCCGACUUUUCUGAUAUUUUUACGGGUCGAACAGCACAAGAGAUUCCAAAAGCACUUGAAAUACUUUUAUCUGGGCUUUUCUUAUGUAGCAAAUGUCAUACUGUGUAUUUGAAUGAUAAUGCAUUUGGGUCUACAGCAAUAGAACCAUUAUCUUCUUUUUUGUCUCAACAUAUACCACUUCAACAUCUAUAUUUAAAUAAUAAUGGUUUAGGACCAAUUGCAGGGGAACGUGUUGCAAAAUCGUUAUCUAGUUUGGCAGUAAAACAAUACAGUAAUACUCAUGAAAAACAUGGAAAGAUUGAAACAAUAGUUUGUGGACGAAAUCGUCUUGAAAGUGGAAGUAUGAAGGCAUGGGCAGAGUGUUUUCAGGCACAUACAGGCUUAAAAUAUUUAAGAAUGCCUCAAAAUGGAAUUCGACCAGAAGGUAUUCGUAUUUUGCUUGAAUCAGGAUUGUCAAAAUGCACACAACUUGAAAUUCUUGAUUUACAGGAUAAUACACUAACACUAACGGGUGCAAAAACAUUGGCAGCAAUGCUUCCAAAUUGGCCGCUUCUUCAUGAACUUGGGAUUAGUGAUUGUCUUUUAUCAGGAACAGGUGUAGCAUUAUUGGCUCAAGUAUUGUCUCGUGGUAGUCAUAAACAGCUUAAAAUUCUACGAUUGCAAUAUAAUGAAAUUGAUCAUAAAACAGCAGAAAAAUUAGCAAAUGCAAUAGAUAAAACGCUGCCAGAACUUGAAAUACUUGAACUAAAUGGAAAUAUGUUCUCAGAUCAGAGUGAUGUUGUAAAAAAAAUCCAGACUAUUUUUAGGGAUCGAGGAAAAGGCGAGCUCGAUGAACUAAAUGAUAUGGAUGAGCCUUCUGAGUCUGAUAGUCUAGAAGACUCAGAUCAGGAAAGUUCUUUGGAUUUAAAAGAUAUAGAAAAAGAUGCAGAAGAAAAUCUCGAUUUCCAAGAAGAGAAAGGAAUUAGUACAGAGCUUGCUGCUUUAUUGAAACAAACACACAUAAAUUAA